GAGUGCAAACAACACAUUUUUAGCAAUAUUUACCGGUUAUGCAGAUUCUCUUAUGUCAUUACCUACCAGUUCUCUAUGAAAUUCAUUAUGCAAUGUGUCAACAAUUCAGAAAAGUUUGUUCAUGAAGUAUUUCUGUAAAAAUCGGGCUUUUCCAUAGGCCUCAGCAUCCGGCUUCUUUCUGCUGACUCUUCAUUGUUCAUUUGGACACUACAUCUAGCAGCGCAACCGACAGACAAUGUUAAAAUUGCGUAAAAGUACAAUCAGGUUGCUUGCAUUGGCAGUGUUUUAUCUGCUUUACCUUGUGAUUGGUGCCUCUGUAUUUUCUGCUAUUGAAGGACCACAAGAACGAGAAUUAAUUAAGAAUGUGAAGAAAUUAAGGUCUCAGUUUUUAACUGACAACACAUGCUUGACAGAUGACAAGUUGGAAAAGUUCAUUGCCAGCAUUGUUAUUGCUACAAACCGGGGAGUGUCAGCCACUAAGAAUGUUACCAUGUCUGAGCCUAACUGGACAUUUGGCCAGUCCAUCUUCUUUGCUGGAACACUCCUUACAACAAUAGGAUAUGGCAGAGUGGCACCCCUAUCUGAGGCAGGGAAGGGUUUCUGUCUCCUCUAUGCCAUGAUUGGCAUUCCACUGACCUUGAUUUUCUUCACUGCCAUCGUAGAGCGCCUGAUGAUACCCACCAAAAUGUUCCUUUAUUUCCUGUUUCGCAAGCUUGGACAUCUAUACCGAGUGUUCCACAUCCAGCUGCUGCAUUUCUUCAUUUUGUUACUGGCUGCCAUUGUUUUCAUCUUCAUUAUUCCUGCCAGCAUUUACUCUGCUCUUGAGCCAAAGUGGGACUUUUUAGACUCCUUUUACUAUUGCUUCAUCUCCAUGACAACCAUCGGGCUAGGUGAUUACAUCCCAGGAGACAACCCUGACCAGAAGGCUAGAGCUGUAUACAAGCUAGGCACCACAGUGUACCUGUUCAUAGGCUUGCUGAUGAUGAUGCUACUGUUGGCAGUCCUGUACGACAUACCAGAGCUCAAUCUAGGCUUCCACUUCUACCUAAAGAGUGAUGAAGAGGAAGAGGAGAGGGCGAGACUGAGGAGUGGCGGGGAGAGCAGCGGACCCAAAUAUACCAAACAGCGGGACGAGGACACUCACAAACAGAGUGGGGGGAGCCAAAUGUACCAGCCCACCCAGGAUGAUGUGGCAGCAGCCACAGGGAAAUAACAUGAAAUGAUUAGAUGAUAGUAGUCCUUAUUGAUUAGCUUCAAGAAAUUAGCUUGUAGAAAUGUCAGGGUUGCUUUAAAGUGUCCAGUUAUAUUGAAUGUGAUUACAGUAUACUGCAUCUUCACUUCAGUGCUAGAAACUGUGUCACAGAAAGGUGCACUUUGAAGAAAAGAUUGAUACUACAUAAUUCAUUUUAUAUGUGAAAAAAAAUGUUUUUAAAAUGUUUGUAUACUGUAGAAUCAUUUUAAUUCUUGGAGGUCAGUAUAUGUAGGCAUUCAAAAUUUUUGUGGGUAUAUACAGAAGAUUAAAUGAACCAGUACAUUGUUAUCAUUUGUGGGGAUGUAAAUUCGUUGGUAAGGGUGACCCACAAAAUCCAAGAACAUGAUCGGUCCCCCAUGAACAAUGAUGACUCCACAGGAUUCAAAUAAUAACAUAUUGGCCAUUGAACAUAUGUUGAAUUAUUACAUUUAUAAUAGCAAGCUCUUUAUAGCAAGACUAAAGUCUUCAGGUACUGAGAAGAAAUAAAAAUCCCUGUAUUGUAUUAUAAGAGCCACCUUCAAUUGUGAGACUGCUAAAACUCACUGUCACAAAGUGGUUUUCAGGAACAAAGUUUAAAAUUUGAAUUUUUACAUUAACUUUGGAGUUUUUUUUCUACCAUGUGUAUUUUUCUGCUUUCUUAAUAUAUUUAUUCAUUCACUAUUUUAUACAUUGUCGAUAGAAAAUAUAUUUGCAAAUUGGGUGCAUUUCAAAAGUCAGGUUCUAUUUUGGAGUUCAAGAAGAUGAAUGUAAAGAAUAAUUGUUUCAUUCAUAGUGCUUUGCGAUGUAUAGGAAUAUAGCUUCCUUUGUAUACAGUAAAACUUGCUUUUAAGGAAGUCAUGUGGACAUGAAUUUUUAGUUCUUUCUUUAUACAGUGUAUCUAUACAAGAAAGGUUUAUGAUAUGAGGGAUGGGGAAGAGGGUUAACUUAUAACAGAGAUUUCCUUAUAUCCAAGUCCCUUAUGAUGAAGUUUUACAUGUACUGUAUACAUAUGUACUGGUUUAUACAUUUUGCAGAUUCAUCUUUCAAUUUCACAAGGAUUUUCAGCAUACAAAAUAAGAAACAAAAAUGUAUCUUUUCACUAUUGUGUGUGUCUCUGUGUUGCAGCAAAAUUUUACUGUUAAAAGAAAUAUUCCCUCAAAUUAAAACUUCUUAAAAGUUUGUUAUACAUGUAUAUCUGUUUUGGAAAAUAUUGCAAAGGUUUACCAUAAAAGUAUGUGUAUGUUUAUGUAUUUAGUCCCUAUUUAUUUGUUCAUAUUUUACUAUUUUGUUGUAUUUUUUUAGUUAUUUUAAAAUUUGUAGAUAGUGCAAUAUGAUACAUUGCCAUACAUUUGUUAUUUGUUGAAAAGGUAUCUGUGUGGUAGUGUAAUAACAUGUCUGUAGGUUGUGUUUGUAUUUGUAUUUAAAUUUGCAUAUGGUAUACACAGGGUAUGUUUCCAUAUGUAUUGGUUUAUUUUGAAAUAGAAAAAAUGUGGUCAAGUGGUUAUCAGUUAGAUAUGAGGUUUGUUUUGGAAUACAAUGUAUAUUUUCAAUUACAUUACAGAGAGUGUUUUAACAUGCUUACUAUGGGUCUCUGUAACUGGUAUUGAGUGAAUAAGGAUAGCGAUAUAGUAUCUUGCAGCAGAAAAUUGCAUUGUUUAUAUUAACAGGAUUUUGCUUUUUGUUCUUGCUAGUUUAGAUCUUUUAUAAUGCUGUCAUCAUUUUGAAAACUUUCUUCUUUUUUUUUUUGCUAGUUUUAGGCUUUUAAAAUGCUUUCAUGUUUUGCAUUACAUUUUACAAAUUCAUAACCAGAAUCAGAGAAUUCUUAAAAUUAGGUUUUGAUUUGAUUACAAGUUACCAGGUAAUGUUAAUUUAUGUAUAGACAAUUCUGAUUUAUUCAAACUCUUGAGUGAUGUUAAAGGGAUAGGGUCUGUAACUUUGCAUUAUGUACAUGUAUUGCAAUUGAGACAGAUGAGAAAAUAUUUUCACCUUAGCCAAAAAUAUGAUUAUUCUGAGAAUCACAAAAUUUAAAAUGCACAUCUCAUGGGGAAGAGGAAAUUAAGUAACCAGUAAUUAAAAUGCGAAUAAGCAUCCUGCCAGUGUAAGUUAAAUUAUAGAAUUUAAAAAAAAAUAUGAAAUCUGGCAGAAUGGCAUGGGUAGAAGACCAAACAUAGAAAUCAAUUUAUUGUCAUAAUUAAUAAAUUUAAAAUGAGUUUCAUACUACACAGAAGCUUGGUUGUUCACCAGGUUUCAUCCAUACAACAAACAGAUGACAUCUUUUAAUAAUGUUCAUAAAAUCUUGGUUUAACAACAUGCUUGUGUAAUUAACGCUAAAGAAGUUGAGAAACAUCAUCAACAAUAUCUUCUACUUAUAUCUCAUUGUUGAUAAUUUGCAAAAUUACAGACCCCAUCACUGUAUGUGGAAAGUAUGGUCACUGUUGAUCCUUAGUUACGUUAGAGUGAUAUAUUGUAGACUAUAUCUCUAUGUAAAUGUUUAUGAUCUGAGUAAACAUGUGAUAUGGGUAUGUUUAUAAUGAGGUAAGGCAAGGCUGUAAGAUUAAGAAUCUCAUGUUUUAUUACAGUGUUAGAAAUUUGUACAUCUUUUUCUUCUUCUACUAGAAAUAGAUACAUGUAUAUAUAGCUGUUUACCUGCAGGUGUAUUCUUCUGAAACUUUAUUUACAUUCCAAGAAUCUCAUUUGAUAUUGCAUUGAUGCAAAAAAUAAUAUAUUGAAUUGUUUGCAGAUAUCAUUUGAAAACUAGUCAUUACUGCUUUUACAAAUGUUUAUCCUUAUGCUUUUCAUUCCACAAAUAUGUUAGAUACCUGUAUGUUAUUGUUGUGAAAUAAAUACAUAUGAAUGCUGAUAAAACAGUAAACAA